UACAACUAUUACUAUUCUCUCCUGAUAUUAUCUUUCACUGCCCAUCAUGAAGGUCCUCAGCUUCAUCCUCACCACUCUCGCCAUCACCACCGGUGCCUUGGCUGCUCCUGAGCCCGGAACCGCCGCCGCAGAGUCCCGUAAUUGGGACUGGUGUGCGACCAGUUUCUCCUGUGACUCCGAUGAUGACUGCAUGAAUCAGUACGACUGCAAAGACAAGUCUAAGAGCUGGACCUUUGAACAACAAAGGGCAAACAUUGGGUGCGGUGCUAGCGUGUACCCCCACUCCUGCUAUUAUGAAUAUGAUUAUUAAAGCCCACCAGUAUCGGCCACACGUCGAGCAUGCUUACUGGGUAUGAUGCCGGUUGAGUGCAGGUUUGGAGAGGGUGGAACUUAGGGUUGGGAUUUGAUCGUGGUAGUAAGACAGGAAUUAUAUGCUUGCUUGCCUCGGCACAGGUUUUGUUUUUUCCUUUCAAGACCAUAGGGUUUUCUUUCCCUGUGCUGGUAAUGAGAAUUCAG